GAAUACUUUAUAUAAUUACCGCAUUUAGAAUUAAACUAAUAAUUAAAUUAAUAAUAAACAAUAAUAAUAAACAAUCUUACAUGGGGGCUCGUCCAGUCCUAAAUCGGUUAUAUGAAGGUGCAGUUGUUUAAAGAAAAAAGACAUUGUUGUGUGCGUGGGUAUAGUCUUUAAAAGUUGUAAAGUUGUGGCUAUAUCUAUUGCAUUUAAAGUUGGAAAAAUCAGUUGUACAGAUUUUGUUUGAACACAAGUCGGUAAAAGUCGGGAAAGCUGCUAGAGAGAACUGAUAAAGUUGAAAUUGUCGUGUGCGUGGAUUUAGUCUUUAAAGUUGUAAAGUUAUGGCUACGUCUACUGCAUUGAAAGUUGAAAAAAUCGGUUGAACUCAUACAGACUCAAGUCGUUUUGCUGUUGUGGAAUUUAAAACAAUUAAAUUGCAAAGGUGGUGAAAUUCGUUUCUAACGAAAAUCAAAAUUUGUCUUUUAACCGGUGGCGCCGUCUGCAAAAUCGACUACCGUCGCGCCGUUAGAACAUUGUCGUUGUUUGCUGGUGUUAGUGCCUUGUCGCGGAAUGUUCACACGUACACCACCUACAAAUAAAAAACUUAACACCGACCAAAUACAAGCAAUUCUAGAGAACGAAAGCGAGGACGAAAGCAGAAAAGAAAAAAUGAACGAAGAAGAUCAAAAGUUGGCGCCUGUAGGAGAAGCAGAGGCAAAGAAGCAGAAUAAAGACGCUAGUGCUAAAGUCGAAGAGAAAUUUGAACAAAUGAUGAAUACUCUAACCCAGAGCAUGUUGGCAAAAUCUAAACAAGAGGGGCAAGUAAUUAUCGCUGCAGAAAAAUUUGAAAAAGUUGUAAGUGACUGUGAUGGCAAAUCAAUUCCUAUUAAAAAAUGGUUUGAAAUUUUUGAGAAAAAUGCCGAGGCAUAUGAACUUUCGGAGAAACAAAAAUAUGUUCAAGCCAGAAGUAAGAUGAUUGGAUCAGCAGAACUUUUCUUAGAAUCUGAAUGUGUCAGUGGAUACACUGAACUCAAAGAGUUACUAAUUGAAGAAUUUUCAGGCAGCUAUAAUAGCGCCGUUAUUCACAAAAAGUUGCAAGACAGGAAGAAGAAGAGGGAGGAAACUCUACACGACUAUUUGUUACAAAUGAAGAAAAUAGCAGCCUUAGGUGAAGUUGAAACAGUUGCUUUGAUAACUCAUAUCGUAAACGGCCUCGACAUUAAAAAGGAGUAUAAGGGUGCUAUGCUCCGUUGUAAAACUCUUAAGGAAUUAAAGCAAGAAUUCGAAAUCUACGAGAGUCUGAAUAUUGUUGACAAGCCGAAUAUUCAACCAAAACCAAAGCAAAUUACACAAGGUGUAAAAGCAGAUCACUGCUUCAACUGUGGUUCGAGGGAACACAAACGAAAGGAUUGUACACUUCCUACCAAAUGUUUCAGCUGUAAUCAAGAGGGCCAUAUCUCAAGCAAGUGUCCGGAAAAAGUAAACAGCAUGCGCAUUCACGUUGAUAGUGCACGAACAAAGCCAGUAAUCAUAAAUGGGAUUAUCAUCAACUGUCUGGUGGACACAGGAUCAGAUGUGACCAUAAUUAAAGAAGCUAUAUUCAAGAAGAUGAAAGAUGUUGAUUUAAACCGCACUGCAACAGUAUUGCGAGGUUUGGGAAAUGCCUCAACACAGCCGAUUGGAUGCUUCAGAGCAUUAAUCAAGACCGACCAGGUGGAAGCAAGCCACAACGUUUUAGUCGUCCACGAUUCUAAAUUCAGUUGCGAUGGAAUAGUGGGACACGAUUUUAUCAGCAAGUUUUGUCUUAUCUGUAGUGCAGAAGGCUAUACUUUUCUUGACCUGGAAGCAGAUAAAAAACAAGCGGUUGAGUAUUCCCAAAUGGUUAAUAUUUGUGAAGAAUCUUCUUUUACAGUUGCACCACAAUACCGAGAAGACGUUGAACGCAUGAUAGAGAGAACAUACGAAACACCACCCAAGCAGAUAAAGCAAUGUCCAGUCGAACUCAAAAUUAUUCCUGAUGGCGUGAUUAAACCCUUUCGCCAUGGACACACCCGACUAUCUGAAGAAGAAGCUAUAGCUGUAAAGAAGCAGGUAGAGGAAUGGGUCGAGCAGUCAAUCGUCCGUAAAUCUACAUCAAAUGUUGCCAGUCGCAUAGUCGUUGUCAAGAAAAAGGAUGGUACCCUACGCGUUUGCGUGGACUAUAGAAAAUUGAACACCAUGGUUCUGAUGGAUUGUUUUCCGGUACCCAUAAUGGAGGAGGUGCUUGAAAAACUGCAGAGUGCCAAAUGGUUUACAACCAUGGACUUACAGAACGGAUUUUUUCAUGUGGCCGUAGAAGAAGCCAGCAAGCCGUACACAGCAUUUGUUACCCGAGAAGGCUUAUUCGAGUUUAACAAAGCGCCCUUUGGUUUUAAGAAUUCCCCAGCAGCGUUUAUACGCAAAAAGUUGGGAAAGCAGGAGGGAUAUCUAAAUUGCAUAGAUAAAGGAGACGCACCGUUGCACACACUACACAUCGAUCAUUUGGGGCCAAUGGAUUCAUCGGCCAAACAGUAUAAAUACAUUCUGGCAACAGUCGAUGCGUUUUCAAAGUUUGUCUGGUUAUUCCCAACCAAAUCAACCGGACAGGAAGAAGUGGUCAAGAGGCUGACCGACUGGUCAAACAUUUUUGGUUUCCCUAAGCGAAUUGUUAGCGACAAAGGAACGGCCUUUACGAGUGGUGCGUUCGAACAAUUUAUGAGCAGCCAUAACGUGGAACACGUCUGCACAACUACUGGAGUGGCCAGAGGCAACGGCCAGAUAGAACGAGUAAAUCGUUUAAUUUUGGCAAUAGUAUCAAAGCUGUCUUCAGACGAACCGUCGAAGUGGUACAAAUAUGUGCCUGAGGUACAAAAGGCGAUCAACUGUCACGUGCAUUCAUCACUGAAGCUGUCACCAUUUGAGGUCAUGUUUGGCACCAAGAUGUACACCCGAGUUGAGGAUCGGUUACUGGAACUGCUCCAAGAAGAAGUGGUCUGUCAAUUCAACGAGGACCGCUAUGAGAUGAGACAGCUGGUAAAACGCAACAUCGAGCAGGCGCAAAAGGACUACAAGCGCAAUUACGACAAAAAGCGCCGAGCUGAAUACAAAUACAAAGCAGGUGAUCUGGUUGCAAUUAAAAGGACCCAAUUUGUAGCUGGCCGCAAGAUGGCAAGCGGGUAUUUAGGUCCAUACGAAGUCACAGGAGUCAAAGACAAUGGCAGAUAUGACGUCAAAAAAGCAGCAAACGUCGAAGGACCCAAUGUCACAUCCACCAGCUGUGACAACAUGAAGUUGUGGAAGUACAUAGCCGAAAAUGCAGACCUAUUGUCAUCCGGGUCGGAUGAUGAUGAUCAGGAGGGCCGAAUGUAACAUGGAGUAAGGCUGAAGGCUGGCAACAACCCGGUUGGCAGCGCUGUUGAGCAGCAACAUGAUUGUCGGAAAUCGAAGUUAUCGACAAUCAGUCAUCGAAGGAACGAUCGCAAGGCAGUAGUGGAGUUGAGUGGAAGUCAG